UUCCUUUCUACUUUUUUCUGAAAAUAAACGCUUAAGUCGAAAGAACAUCACUACACACUUCGGCACUUCCCUUCUCUCACCAAAUCGGCGGCGGCGGCAACAUUUGACCGGCAACGGAAGGACUGAGCUCUCCCAUUCUCCGAGUUCUUUACAGCUCUACUUCUAUUUUCUUAAAGGAUUUUAUUGUGUACUUUUUGUACAGAUUGGAGGUAUUUCAGUAGUUAGGGUAGGAGAAGUGUAUCAAACAUGCCACUCUAUGACUGUGUGCUAUUACUGAAACCUCAAGUGAAGAAUCCUUCCUUGAGGGAAUUGAUUGCUCGGGUGGGGAAACACGUUUACGCUCGAAAUGGCGUGCUCACCGAGAUUAAGUCCUUUGGAACUGUUCAUCUGGGUUAUGGUAUUAAGAAGCUUGAUGGAAGAUACUUUCAGGGACAACUGAUGCAAAUGACCAUGAUGGCAACUCCCAAUAUAAACAAGGAGCUUCAUUACUUGAACAAAGAAGAUCGGCUAUUACGAUGGCUCCUUGUGAAGCAUCGAGACACAAAGUUUGGGCUUGACUACUCGGAUAGAGAAGAUUCAAGAAGUGAACUAAACAAAUUCAGCUUGCCUAGCAUAUAUGAUAAUGCAGAUGGAGAUGAGGAGGAGGAUGAUGAUGAUGAAAAUGAAUAUGAUGAGGAGGCAGAGAAGCAAGAUGGUUAAGGAUCAUUGAUAUCGCAAGUCCCAUGUAAUUUCCUGUUAGUCAAGCUUGUUCUUGCAGCACGUGGGUGAUAAUUCUUAGGUUUUAGGUUAUUGCAGCAGAGUGCAUAUGCAACUUACUAUUGAUGUUCUUUUAGGGUUACCCUCCUUUUUAGCAAUAAGAGAAUUUGCUUCAUAUUCCGAAAUUACUGUCAUAACUCAUACAUCCUUUUUUCUGGAAAUAAAGGAUUUUGUUGGGCUCUUGGAAUGGCCUCAA